AUGAAAUCCAAAAAAAUAUCUAGGAAGUCAUUUUCUGAAACAGAAUUGAACGCUGAGUCGAAUGGUGGUAGUCUGGUCGCCAGCCGUCGCUGCGGUCCGGAGCUAUGGCUGGCUGAAAUUUUGGCGAGAAGGGUGAAAUCCCAAAAAAUAUCGAGAAAUCAUUUUCUGAAUGAGAAUUUGACGCUGAGUCGUAUGGUGGUAGUCGUGCCCUCAGCCGUGGCGGCGGUCCCAAGCUAUGCCUGGCUGAAAAUUUGGCGAGAAGAGUGAAAUCCAAAAAAAUAUCGAGGAAGUCAUUUUCUGAAUGAGAAUUUCACGCUGCGUCGAAUGGUGGUAGUCACGUCGUCAGCCGUCGCUGCAGUCCCGAGCUAUGGCUCGCUGAAAAUUUGGCGAGAAGGGUGAAAUCCCAAAAAAUAUCGAGGAAGUCAUUUUUUGAAUCAGAAUUUAACGCUGAGUCGAAUGGUGGUAGUCUGGUCGCCAGCCGUCGCUGCAGUCCCGAGGAAUGGCUGGCUGAAAAUUUGGCGAGAAGGGUGAAAUCCCAAAAAAUAUCAAGAAAUCAUUUUCUGAAUGAGAAUUUGACGCUGAGUCGUAUGGUGGUAGUCGUGCCCUCAGCCGUGGCGGCGGUCCCAAGCUAUGCCUGGCUGAAAAUUUGGCGAGAAGAGUGAAAUCCAAAAAAAUAUCGAGGAAGUCAUUUUCUGAAUGAGAAUUUCACGCUGCGUCGAAUGGUGGUAGUCACGUCGUCAGCCGUCGCUGCAGUCCCGAGCUAUGGCUCGCUGAAAAUUUGGCGAGAAGGGUGAAAUCCCAAAAAAUAUCGAGGAAGUCAUUUUUUGAAUCAGAAUUUAACGCUGAGUCGAAUGGUGGUAGUCUGGUCGCCAGCCGUCGCUGCAGUCCCGAGGAAUGGCUGGCUGAAAAUUUGGCGAGAAGGGUGAAAUCCCAAAAAAUAUCGAGGAAGUCAUUUUUUGAGUGAGAAUUUGAUGCUGAGUCGUAUGGUGGUAGUCGCGUCGUCAGCCGUGGCUGUGGUCGCGAGCUAUGGCUGGCUGAAAAUUUGGCGAGAAGGGUGAAAUCCCAAAAAAUAUCGAGGAAGACAUUUUCUGAAUCAGAAUUUGACGCUGAGUCGUAUGGUGGUUGUCUGGUCGCCAGCCGUCGUUGCGUUCCCGAGCUAUGGCUGGCUGAAAAUUUGGCGAGAAGGGUGAAAUCCCUAAAAAUAUCGAGGAAGUCAUUUUCUGAAACAGAAUUGAACGCUGAGUCGAAUGGUGGUAGUCUGGUCACCAGCCGUCGCUGCGGUUCCGAGCUAUGGCUGGCUGAAAAUUUGGCGAGAAGGGUGAAAUCCAAAAAAAUAUCGAGGAAGUCAUUUUCUGAAUCAGAAUUUAAAGCUGAGUGGAAUGAUGGUAGUCUGGUCGCCAGCCGUCGCUGCGGUCCGGAGCUAUGGCUGGUUGAAAUUUUGGCGAGAAGGGUCAAAUCCCAAAAAAUAUCGAGGAAGUCAUUUUCUGAAUGAGAAUUUGACGCUGAGUCGUAUGGUGGUAGUCGCGUCCUCAGCCGUGGCGGCGGUCCCAAGCUAUGCCUGGCUGAAAAUUUGGCGAGAAGAGUGAAAUCCAAAAAAAUAUCGAGGAAGUCAUUUUCUGAAUGAGAAUUUAACGCUGAGUCGAAUGGUGGUAGUCGCCACGCCAGCCGUUGCAGGGGUCCCGAGCUAUGCCUGCCUGAAAAUUUGGGAGAAGGGUGAAAUCCCAAAAAAUAUCGAGGAAGUCAUUUUCUGAAUCAGAAUUUGGAAUCACUUCACGUCAGAGACCAUCACGUCAGAGACUAUCAUAUCAACUAACCAUUAAUAAUUCUUCUAGUGUUAACAAUAACUUGCAAAAUAGAAAUCUUGUUCGUGUUCCUUUGUCCAACCCUGCCUCUCCAAACGCUUCCGCACUCUCGUGGUCACUCACGUCGAAAACCACUAAUGAUACGUCCUCAGCCCAUUUAACAAAAAAGUCAGAUAACAGCCUCAGUACCCUUCCAGGUCUCAAACUGGUCCACCUAAACAUCCGCUCUCUGAAAAAUAACGCCCAUUUUUUAGAAUUACGUAAGUUUACCAAAUUUAACAAAAUUGACGUCCUUACAGUAUCAGAGACAUGGUUAAAUACCUCCGUCACAAACAAGGAAAUCGAAAUCGAAGGUUAUAAGCUACAUCGUUUAGACCGACUACACAAGAAAGGGGGCGGGGUAUGUGCUUACAUACGAAAAGAUAUUAAAUCUCUUGUACUUAAAGACCUCAGUUAUAUCUCCGAGACGAAUUUCCAUCAAUUAUGGAUCAAAUUACAGCACAAAAAAUCUAAAUCACUGUUGGUCUGUGUCUCUUAUCGACCCCCAGACAGCCCGCUUGACUGCUUCGAAAAAUAUUUUAAACCUAAUUAUGUUCAUGCCCUGACGAUGGCAAAGUUGAUCAUUCUUCUUGGAGACCUAAACUGCGAUAUGCUUAAGCCCACACCUGGAUCAGCGUCUUUGAUCAAGACGACAAAAGAACUCAACCUUAACCAGUUAAUAAAAUCACCAACAAGAAUUACUGAAUCCAGUCAGGCCCUCGUCGACGUUAUUUUCGUAUCCUCGCCAAGACUAGUAGUCAACAGCGGCGUCAUAGAAACCUGUAUCAGCGAUCAUUUCCCUGUGUAUGUAUCACUAAAACUUAAAACCGACAAAUCUCCACCAAACUAUAUCACUACCCGCAGCUACAAUAAAUACGACCUUGAUUUGUUCGCGAUCGAUCUGGCAUCCAACCGUGAUCGUCUUGUUUCCAUUUUCAGAACGGACAAUGUUGAUGAAAAACUAACCAUUUUUAAUGAAAUAUUUUUAAAUACAUUGGAUAAACACGCCCCAGUAAAGACCAUAAAAGUACGCGGAAAAUCUUGCCCAUUUAUCACCUCGGAAAUAAAAGCAUCCAUGAUCAAAAGAGACCAGCUCCACAGUCUUUUCAGGAAAACACGUGAUCAUUAUGGACAGAUUUAUAAAACGGACAGAUUUAUGAAAUCGUUUUUUCCACAGAUGGUUUCACAUAUGAAUAGACCAUAAUUUUAAUAUUUUUAAUAUUUUUAAAUUUGAACUCUAUAACUUUUUUAACUGAAGUUAUGAAUAAUUUUAUGCAUCUAGAUAUUCUAUUGUAGUAUAAUGAGACUUUUUACUGAUGUAAUUUAACCUAAUAGGUUACAAAUCGGUAUUUUUUUAUUAAAUUAUUAAUUAUGAUUGGCUUAAUUUCAGAGAGGCCCGUAAUUUUACAAAAACCGCACUUGUUAAUGCACAGAAAGAACAUGUACUGAAGGAAGUUCAGCAACACAGAAACAAUACUGGGUCACUUUGGAAGGUAAUUAAAGAAAAUAUAGCGUAUAGGGAAAGAGAGUCAGUGGUCUACAGUAAGGAACCGAAAUUAUUGGCCGAAGAGUUUAAUCAUUUCUUUUCCACCAUCGGUGUGAAUGCAGCAAAGAAAGCCUCAACACUAAUACAAGAUCCUAGUGUUUAUCCAGCUCGGAAUCUUUCUGACGUAAAUCGCACAGAUAACAGCUACCCUGAAGAAAAUGAUAGAUUUAGUUUCACCCCAGUCUCUUGUUCAGAAAUAAGGAACAUCAUAUUAGCUAUGCCGUCAAACAAAUCACCCGGCAAAGACAAAGUGAGUAUGCGUGUCAUCAAACACAGCCUACCGGUAAUUCUUGGGCCCCUCACCGAUACCAUUAACUGUUCACUGUCGUCAUCUUCGUUCCCUACAGCAUGGAAAGAGGCAGAAGUUAUCCCUUUGUUAAAGGAUGGAAACCACGAGGAAGCAUCAAAUAACCGCCCACUUUCUCUCCUUACCUUUCUUUCGAAAAUUUGUGAGAAAGUCGCCUUGAAUCAAUUUGGUUCGUAUCUAAUGAAGAACAAAAAAAAAAAUAAAAAAAAUUGUCAACCCACCAGAGCGGGAACAAGAAACAUCACUCAUGCGAAACAUUGA